ACGAGGGGAAUCCUUAGGAAAGCUGAGUGCAAGGCUUGACUUCAACGUGGUCCGCAUCCACCUCGAAACCUGUCACCUUGCUGUCCCAACCCUUUUAACAUGUCCUCCUGGAACUGGGCCAGAUACAUGGAUCAAAGAUUGUCAGACCUUGAACGGACUGUUUACUCCAAUCCCAUCUUUUCACAAAAGGGAAACAAUUUCCUUGUGGUUGCCCUACCAGGUCGUUGAAAGAAAUCUAGGCAAAUGAGGCCUUUCUAAUACCUCUCACUCCAGUGCCUAACCUCCUCCCCCGACCCUGAAGCAGAGGGGUCUUUGUUAAGAAUUUGGGACCACUAAGAAACGUCAAGAAAAAACGGCAUUUCUGGCAGUGUGGAUACUUCCAUGGAUACAUAUCCGCUAGGGCAAGGGCCCACGGCGCCACACUCAACAGGACCAUUUCCGAGGCUGGCUCAGGACGCGGCGCCAGGGACACUAGGCUGGCGCCGCCGGUCUCCAGCGCGUCGCGCACGUCCUGCACGCCCGGCACUGGCGCAGGCCUGUACACCGCGUCGCGCACGCCCCGCCCCCCGGCGCCGCGUGCGUCCUUCCCACUCCAACGCUGGGUGACAUUGAGCUCACCAGCGCUACCGUCCCCGGCGAAGUUCUGCGCUAGUCGGCGGAGUAGUAGGUGGCCAUGGGGAGCCUCAGCGGUCUGCGCCUGGCAGCAGGAAGCUGUUUUAGGUUAUGUGAAAGAGAUGUUUUCUCAUCUCUAAGGCUUACCAGAAGCUCUGAUUUGAAGAGAAUAAAUGGAUUUUGCACGAAACCACAGGAAAGUCCCAGAGCUCCAUCCCGCACUUACAACAGAGUGCCUUUACACAAACCUACGGAAUGGCAGAAAAAGAUCCUCGUAUGGUCAGGUCGCUUCAAAAAGGAAGAUGAAAUCCCAGAGACUGUCUCGUUGGAGAUGCUUGAUACUGCAAAGAACAAGAUGCGAGUGAAGAUCAGCUAUCUAAUGAUUGCCCUGACGGUGGUAGGAUGCAUCUGCAUGGUUAUUGAGGGCAAGAAGGCUGCCCAAAGACACGAGUCUUUAACAAGCUUGAACUUAGAAAAGAAAGCUCGUCUGAGAGAGGAAGCAGCUAUGAAGGCCAAAACAGAGUAGCAGAGGUAUCCGUGUUGGCUGGAUUUUGAAAAUCCAGGAAUUAUGUUACAACGUGCCUGUAUUAAAAAGGAUGUGGUAUGAGGAUCCAUUUCAUAAAGUAUGAUUUGCCCAAACCUGUACCAUUUCCGUAUUUCUGCUGUAGAAGUAGAAAUAAAUUUUCUUAAAUAA